AUGGAUCAGGGAGCUACCUUGCGACAUUUUGCCAAGACGGUGUUGAAUCUUAGCAGUGGUUUACUCUUAGCUAGGCUUUCGAUUCCGAGAAGUCGGAAUGUCGGAUAUAUCGAUUUCCUUCUCAGCUUGGGAGACCCUCCCGGAGGACGAACCUCUGUUGUGCAUCGCAAUUCGACGCCCAGAGUCACCUUCACGCCACUAGGAGGCGUAGGCGUGAUAUUUUAUGCAGUCGAAUUGGUUGGUCAUAUAAGAUUCACCAUACUUGCCCCGCCUACAGUUAUAGACAGGUUCAUCGGUGCAAAUUUCAUGGCUUGCUUCUUCACCAACACUAUUAUCGGAGUCUUACUAGUAGCUCAUCGUGUUGUUUACACUGUUAUCCCGUUGAAAGCUGAGAGAAUUCUUAAUCCGACGGUGCUCAAAGAAACACGCAUGAGAGAUCGGCCCGUCAUCAGCAUCGAAAAUUACACCAUAUACUGCGGCGAUGCUGAUGAGAACAAAGUAGGUGGUUGCGCGAUAGCUAUGAGGAACGAUUACAAGAACCUGAUGGAGGAAUUCGGCUCAACGUCGUCUAGAUGCGCCUUUGUACGAUUGCGGUAUCGCAGAGGACGUAAACUCUGA